AUGAAAACAUUUGUCUUGAUUGUUCUCUUAGGAUUGGCACUUGGAGUACAAGUGAAUGAAUAAGCAACAAUUUUGUAAGAAGCAUUAACCAACAAUUUAAAAGCCACAAGUAUGGGUAGGGCAGUUCUUGCUAUGGUUGAAUUGGGUUCACCUAAUUUCAAUCCCUUAUUUGAUGCAUUGGAAGCCUGGGCUUCACUUAUCGAGGUAAUAUAUCGAAUAAUCUCAGCAAACUAUAGCCGAUGAAAAUUCAUCAUAUGGAGCAUUCGUCUAAUAAGUAGAAACAGAGGAAACAAAUUAUAAAGCUCUCAUUGCUCAAUACGAAAACGAGGUGGCUGAGUACAAUAUUUAAAUCAGGGAAAUCUUAAAGUCAAGAAUUUCUCUGGAGGAAGACCUUGAAAGGACAAGAACCGAAUUGGGAGGCACUAAACAACAAAAAGCUAACAUUGAGAAUUAAUAAAGACAAGAUUCAGCUGAUUUUAAAACAAGAACCAGUUAAUUGAGUGCUGCCAUUGUUGUGAUCGAUGAAGCAUUGAAAGUGUUAGAUAAAGCAAAGUGUAAAUCAUCAAUUAAAGAUAGACUCCUCAUUUGUCGAAGAAGAUGCUCAAUAAUUGUCUUCUUUAGUCUCAGGAACACCAGAAUUACAUACCUUGUUACUUUAAUUAAACACUGAAGAUUACAAGAGUGCAUAAAAUUUAUAAAAGUAUUUAUUCACUUAAAGUUGUUAGAGUCAUUAAUUUGUUACAAAACAUUAGAGAUUAAUUUAAUCAAAAUAUUUAAACAUUACAAGCAGGCUUUACAGCAGCCUAACAAUAAGCCUAAGAUUUAUUUGAGCUAUUGAAUGCAAAAAUUGAUUCAUUGGUCAAAGAUGUCAUUCCAUAAUUGCAAUAAGAUAUCUAAGGAAAAGACAGUAAGAAUAUCGUCUAUAUUAAGGCGAAAUCGAUUCAAGAAGACAAUUAGCUAACGAAGCUCAAGCAAAUCUUGAUGCCGCUAGGGAAAGUUUGAAAUAGUCCAUUUAAGAGAAAGGCUUAGCAACAAACAGCCAUAACAUAUUAAUUUCUGAAUAUCACAGCAAUUUGGAUACUGUCGCAGAAUGUAUAAGUGCUUUACAUGGAAGCGGAAUUUAAAGAUAAUGAAAUAGAUACAUAAUAAUAAAUAAUUU